UGGGGCACAUGGGUUAAAAAAGCCGAGAAAAUGAGCCACAGCUCCUUCCCAAAGCACAGAAGCUGCAUUUGGGAGUGAAGUAAACCAAUGGCGACGGUAGCGGAAUCAUUGGAAUCUGAGGUACCCCCGGCACCUGGCAACAACUCCACAAUCAGCAAUCCUCAAACCCUAGAUGAAACAACGCCGUUUAUUGAUUACGUUGUUGGGCAAGCCCUGCUCUACCAGAAAGCCUUCGACGAUGCCGUCGAAUCUGCAAUUGACGCUUCAAAAUCCCGUUUUUCUCAAAUUCGUUCGAUUUCUUCCGCUCAUUUCCAUCACACCUUGCAUUCUUUGGAUGAUCUUAAGUCUCAGUACAAUUCUUACGAGGAUCAUUUGUUUGGAAAGAUCAAAGAGGGUGUACUUGUUGCAGCUUCACAUCCUGUGAUUGCAUGUGGGGCCACUGCUGCCUUGGGGCUUUUGGUAUUUAAAAGGCCUCGUCGGAUCUUGUACUACAACACUUUGCGUUUUUUUGUUAGUGAAGAGUCUUUGAUUUCCAGAGCCAGCGGUGAAGUGAAAGAGUUGCGGAAAUCUAUUGAUCUUCUAAAGGUUGAAGGUGAAAAGUUGGAGAAGAGUGCAUUACAUGCAGAAGAGCAAUUCUUACAUGGAAGGACAAAACUUAGACAAGCAGGAAAGCAGAUCCGAAGUGUGAUUCAGUCAGCAUAUAAAAUUGAAAAACGGGCAGGAGGCUUGAAAGAUAUCCUUGGAGAACUCCCUAAAAGAGAAGCAUCUCAUUUCCGGUCACAGGUUUCCAAACUUGCUUCUGAGGCAAAGCAUGAAAAGAAUUCUUUGACCAAGGAGAUCUCUAAAAUUAGCAAUUAUGGCAUUUCGGUCUGAGAACCUUUGUUUCAGCAUUUUCUAAUUGAAUAUGUAACUUGAGUUUUCUGAUCAGACCCAUCAUAUCCGGUAUUCUUUCCAGCUUUCUCGACAGGAAUAAUACAACCCUCCAAUUUUUUUAAAAUGUUUCCUUUGUGGUUUAUGACUUUUGCAACAGGGUGAUGCACCGUCCCCAUUGUAGGAAGGGACUAUUAUAGGAAAAAACAAUGUGAGAAGAAAAAUACAUUGAGGUUGUAUACCUUAAACUUAAAAAUGAAUUUUUUUCUUUUGUUUUUCUUCUCCCAAUAUAUAAAACUCAGUAGUAAGAAUGACA